UAGCCUCCCCUCCACUGAUAUUGAUUGCUCCUGUCUGCCCCAAGAAAAUGUCUCGUCUCUAGACUCAGAAUGUUAAUAGAGGAAGCCUGAUCGCACUGUCUGUUUCUAAUGUUUUUUUCAUGCUUCCAUGGCGGUUUGCUCAGUUUGUUCUUCUAACUCAGGUGGCAUCAGUUUUUAGCAUAUACAUACUAGGAUUCAUUGAUUCAUCCAAAGUACAUAAGAUACUUCGUGCGCAUAUGGCAUCAGUUGCAGUAUGUUUUGUUCUUAUGUUUGGAAACUCUGUGUUGCUGACAUCCUAUUAUACUGCCUCUUUGGUAAUUUGUCAGGGUAUUCUUGCAAUCCGUCCCAUAUAUCUGAGAACGUAUAAAAACAUAUUUCCUCUGUGGGCCUUUGAAGCAUUUUCCUGCCUCCUUGGGACAAUUGUCAUGAAGCCCUUUCUGUGUCUAAUACUGGGAGUGACCAACCAUGUUUAUAUAAUCAAUCUGAUCAAGGCAAAACUGACAAAUUACAAAGAUUUUGACACCUUGAUGUACACGUGCGCCGUGGAAUUCGAUUUCAUGGAAAAAGAGACUCCAGUAAGAUACAUGAAGACCUUGUUGCUUCCUGUUGUUCUGGCUGUUUUUGUGGCAAUUGUUGUGAAGGUCUUUCAGCAUAUUUUACAUUGCAGGAACGUCGCUGGAAGACAGAGAGAUCUUAAGCACGGAGAGAUGGCAUACCAUGCAAUACAGCUCAUCUUUUUUGCUAGUCUUGCUAUUUUAAUUAUGAGACUGAAGUUGUUCCUAACACCACAUAUGUGCAUCAUGGCAUCUUUGAUAUGUUCAAAGCAACUGUUUGGAUGGAUCUAUCACAAAAUUCCACGUAGAACAUUUGUUCUGGCAAUUUUAGCAUUGAUGGCAGGGGAAGGUAUAAGAAACCUUCAGAAAGACUGGAGCAUGGUGGGAGAAUUUAGCAGCUUGCCUCAGGAAGAAUUGUUGUUAUGGAUAAAAGCAAACACGAAACAAGAUGCUGUUUUUGGGGGUACAAUGCCUAUAACAUCAAGUGUCAAACUGUCUACUCUUCGACCUGUUGUGAAUCAUCCUCAUUACGAAGACACAGUUAUACCGCCAAAGAUGAAGAUACUUUAUUCCAUGUAUAGUCGGAAAUCAGCCAAAGAAGUGAAAAUGAAACUGCUAAAGAUGGGAAUAAACUAUUAUAUUUUAGAAGAGGCUUGGUGCCCAAAGAAACCUAAGUCUGGCUGCACCAUGCCAGAAAUUUGGGAUGUAGAAGAUAAAUCCAAUGCCGGAAAAGUUCCCUUGUGCACCAUCAUGAGCCGGGAUUCGAGACCAUACUUUCAAACAGUGUUCAGCAACUCUUUAUACAAAGUUCUAGAAGUUUCCAGGGAAUGAUUCUUCAUCACAAAGAAGGUAGCGGAGGGAAAAGAUCACCUAUAAACAUGUGUGGACUGAAGAGCCCUUUCCCAUCAGAGGACUACUCCGACAUCCUUUUGGUUGGAGGAUUGUCUCAUUUUAAAGAAGACACCAUGUGACAGAGAGUACAUGUUCACCUAAGAAUGGAUAGGGCAGGGAUGACUUUCUUUCUCUUUUUAAUUUUAUUAUUGACCUUGCUGUUAUCACAUCAAUAGCAAAUACAUCAUUGUUUACAUUAUUGACAUGGUCAUUUUUCUUUAUCUUUGUACAUCCCACCCUCCUCUCCUCUGCUAUACUCUAAAUUGCGAUUAGGAAUUUUUUAGAGCAGUAUAAGUCUGUGUUCUCACUAUUUCAUUAAUCUUUUUCAUCUUAGAUGAUUUGUCUUUUAUCUAGUAUUCUAUUCUAUCUAGCAUAUAUUGUAUACUUUUUAGAUAUGUAUAAGCUGUAUACAAGUGGUGCAUGUUCUGGUUCUGGUGCAUGCUCAGGUUAUUCAUAUGUAUCUAUAUUGUAUUGGGGUUUAUUGCACCUAGUGCACUAUACAGUAUUUACAUUUUAUAUAUAGGUGUGUGGCACUGCUUUAUUACUAUGUUACUAGUAUUUUGAAACGGCCCUCGGGCUAUUCAAUAAACUCUACUGCUAUAGUAUUCUAUUACAUGUAA